GACUCCCACCCGUCUUGCUCGUGCUUUGGCCCAACAGAAUACCAAUGUUGAGCGUUGUAAGAGGAAAAUAAUAAAAUGAAAAGGAUUUUGAAACCAAUCAGUGGAAAUGGAAGCUUGGUUUUCAAACAAAAUACGAAGAUAACCCAAUUGGGUAAAUCUGGUAGAGUUCAAGAAGCCAUUCAGAUAUUUGAGAGCAUAUCAAAUAAAAAUACUGUAUCAUGGAAUUCUAUGAUCUCUGUUUAUGCCAAAAACGGUAAAAUUAAUGAUGCGCGUAGGCUGUUCGAUGAAAUGCCUCGAAGGAAUCUUGUUUCAUGGAACACAAUGAUAUCUGGUUAUUCUCAUAAUGGUCAAGUACAUGAAGCAGCUGCGUUGUUCGAUGAAAUGCCUCAAAGAGAUGACUUUUCUUGGACUUUGAUGUUGACUUGCUACAUCAGAAAUGGUAAGCUUGAUAAAGCAAAAUACUUGUUUGAUAUGCUUCCGGAUAAACAAGACCCAGUUUGUUGGAAUGCUCUGAUAGCUGGUUAUGCAAAGAGUCAGCGGAUUGAAGAAGCUCGAAGGUUGUUUGAUAGAAUGCCAGUCAAGAAUUUGGUUUCAUGGAAUUCUAUGCUUGCGGCUUAUACUCAGAAUGAACUCAUGGAUUUGGGUUUGAAGUUUUUUCUCCAAAUGGAAACUAAGGAUGUAGUUUCUUGGAAUCUGAUGGUUCAUGGGUUUGUUCAGGUCGGCGACUUGGAAUCAGCAUCAUUAUUUUUCAAUAGAAUUCCAAACCCAAAUGUCGUUUCUUGGGUCACAUUGUUAAGUGGUUAUGCAAAAAAUGGUAAGAUAGAGGAAGCAAAAAGAACGUUCGAGGAAAUGCCUGAGAAAAAUAUCAUUUCCUGGAAUGCUAUGAUCGCAGGUUAUAUGCAGAAUUCACAAAUUAAUGAUGCUUUGAAAAUUUUCAAAGAAAUGCCAGAGAGGAAUUCUGCAUCAUGGACUGCAGUGAUCAAUGGGUACGUCCAAAACGGUAAGCUUGAAGAAGCAAGAGAGUUGCUUGAGAAGAUGCCUUCAGGGAAUGCCACUGCUCAAACUAGUAUGAUCUCUGGGUAUGUGCAGAAAAUGAGGAUCAACGAAGCGCGGCAAAUAUUUGAUCAGCUUGGUUCCCGAGAUUCUGUAUGUUGGAAUACUAUGAUUGGAGGUUAUGUUCAAUGUGGUAAAAUGAGCGAAGCGAUAAAAUUGUUUGAGCAAAUGCCGAGAAAGAAUUUAGUUACAUGGAAUACUUUGAUUGCUGGUUUUGCUCAAAGUGGGCAAAUGGAUAUGGCCAUUGAUAUCUUUGAGGAUAUGAAAGAGAAAAACUUAGUUUCUUGGAAUUCAAUAAUAUCAGGAUUUACUCAAAAUGGGUUGUUCUCAAGUGCUCUUCAGUAUUUCGUGUUAAUGGGAAAGGAAGGGAGAAAACCUGAUCACUCUACUUUUGCUUGUGGUCUCAUUGCUUGUGCCAAUCUAGCAGCACUGCCAGUUGGGAAGCAAAUUCAAAAUCUUGUUUUCAAGAGCGGCUAUGCUGAAGAUUUAUAUGUUACGAAUGCUUUGAUCAGUAUGUACUCUAAAUGUGGAAGAAUCUCAAAGGCUGAACGAGUUUUUAGAGAUACAGAUACAGUUGAUAUUAUUUCCUGGAAUUCUUUGAUAUCUGGUUAUGCACUGAACGGAUAUGGGAAAGAGGCGAUUAAAAUUUUCGAAGAGAUGGAGGUUAAGGGGUUAUGCCCAGAUCAGGUUACCUUCGUCGGGGUUUUAUCUGCUUGUAGUCAUGCAGGGUUGAUUGAUCAUGGGAUAAAAUUGUUUGAAUUAAUGACUGAAACUUACUCCAUUGACCCUGUGGAAGAACACUAUGCCUGUAUGGUUGAUUUGCUAGGCCGUGCAGGAAAGUUAAAAGAAGCUUAUAAAUUUAUAAGUAAGAUGCCUGUAAGGGCCAAUGCAGGAACUUGGGGUGCAUUACUUGGGGCAUGUCGAAUGCAUAGGAAUGCGGACUUAGGGAAAAUUGCCGCUGAGAAGCUUUUCGAGUAUGAACCACACAAAACAUCAAAUUAUGUUUUAAUGUCUAAUAUUCACGCUGAAGCAGGUAGAUGGAAUGAGGUGGAACGGGUGAGGAUGCUGAUGAAAGAGCGGAGAGUAGAAAAACAACCUGGGUGUAGUUGGAUUGAAGUAAAAAAUCGGAUCCACCCAUUCUUCUCUGAUGAUUCAUCAGAAACCAGGACAACAGACAUUUGUGAAGCACUGACUCUUCUUACAUUGCAUGCUAGAAGCACGGAUUUUGUUCCUGAUAUCGAACUUUUCCAGCUUGAUCAUGGGUGAUUAAUUACAACUGAACUCUCUUCGAAAUUUAUCAGUUUGAGAAACCCUGGCGAGUAGAACUUACUAGUGUUUGUCUAAACCUGUCGUUCCAUAUGUUCCGUUCGAUAGUGUUGGAAGUGUGGCAGCAAUAGCUUCAAUGGGUGUUCAACAGAAGUCACACGCAGGCCAUUUAUGGGUGGAGUAGUUCAAGCUCUAAAACUAGUAUGUAAUGAAUGGCGAUGAAUCAAAAGCAAGAGGUUAAGAAAGGAUUCAGAACCAGUAGUGAUCCAUCUCAAAUACCAGAUUCUUCUUUAAGUGCACAUUAUUUGACGCCCGAUAACAACCCCAAUCAUGAAGGUCAUUCUGUUUUUAUCUUUGUCGGCCAUAUUUAGCUCUUUAAGAAUUGGAAGACAGGAAUCUGGGUCUUUUAGGAGGUAUUCUGGUUCUAGAACUUUGAGAACAUGAAGGAGUAGACAAUUCUGGGAGUGAGUACAGGCUUUUUAGGGGUUUUUUAGAGGCACCCUUGGGGAGCAUGGAGUUGCAGUUAGGUUAAUCUAACUGCAAAAAAUUCAACGUGAAAACUAAAUUCAAACAUUCAUUAAUCGGCGUAAGCCGUAAAUAGUCUUACACGCCAAUAUCUGCAGAGUAUGUUACACCACUGAUUCUACGCACACUGUAAAUUUUCCACCAAAAAUUCAUCAACACUCAUAGUUCCAAGGAUCCCACCAGGAGAAAAAGGGGAUGGGUUUCGUUUCUCAGUGGACCCCACCAUUUUCUGUGUCUUGCGGGAUAUCACCGUGAAAAAAUCACUGUGAAUAUAGACUUAUUGAUGUUACAUCAUCAAACAAUCGAAAUAAAACCCUUACAUAGAAAAUUCUCACGAAAAUUGAGUUAUUACCCGUAUUUUG